AUCCCGGAGAAAUAAAAGGAAACACGAAUUGACCAGCCUUAUAAAAUCUGGAGUUGAAGGCCGGCCCGAUCGAUCGCCGCACGCCCGCACGACAAGUCCACCCCUCCACCACCAACAGAUCGAUCGAUCGACGAUCGGUCACCGUCGCCGCCAUGUCGAACCCCGCGGCCGGGCCGGACACUGACGCCCCUGCCGGCGAGGGCCUGGAGCUGGCGCAGUUCGGGGCGGGGUGCUUCUGGAGCGUGGAGCUGGCGUUCCAGCGGCUGCCCGGCGUGGCGCGCACGGAGGUGGGCUACUCGCAGGGGCACGUCGACGCGCCCACCUACCGCGACGUCUGCGGCGGCGGCACCGGCCACUCCGAGGUGGUGCGCGUGCACUACGACCCCAAGGAGAUCCCCUACGCCGUGCUCCUCGACGUCUUCUGGGCCAAGCACAACCCCACCACGCUCAACAAACAGGGCAACGACGUCGGGACGCAGUACCGGUCAGGCAUCUACUACUACACGGCGGAGCAGGAGACACAGGCGCGGGAGUCGCUGGAGCAGAAGCAGCGGGAGUGGAAGGAGAAGAUCGUGACCGAGCUGCUGCCGGCGAGGAAGUUCUACCCAGCAGAGGACUACCACCAGCAGUACCUCGAGAAGGGCGGCCAGUCCGCCAAGAAGCGCUGCUCCGACCCCAUCCGCUGCUACGGCUGAUCCUCAUCUCGAUCGACUCCGAUUCAUCGCUCGCUGAUUUCCCUUGUGUCUGUUAUAAGGACAGCAUCUGCGUGAUUGUAUUGGACCAGUACUAAAUACAGUAUACUAUGUUUGUGUUGGAAUUGGAAUAAAUGAACAUAUGCAACUUGUGAA